AUGGGCCGCGGGGUCCCAUUUGGGCCUAGCCUUACCGCCGGCGAAUUGGGCCCAAAGCGCCAGGGAUACUGGGCUGCUUUCAACGAUUUGUCGUGUGACGCGCACCCCGCACCCCGCACCGUCAAAUCGCCAAAUCGCCAAAUCCCCCACCCCGCACCGUCGAUCCGCCGCCGUCGGCCUCCCCUCAUCUCCACGCUGCUGGCGUCCCUCCCCUACCGCCGUCGUCGAUCCACCCCUCCCCUGCCGUCGUUGAGCCUCCAUCGCUGCCGUCGUCGAUCCGCCCCUCCCCUCGCGCGGCUCAACUUCCCCGUGGUGGCGAUCGAUGCCGACACGGGCCUGCGCAACCUCGACCUGCUGCUGGGGCUCGAGAACCGCGUCCACCUCACCGCCGCCGACGUGCUCGCCGGCGACUGCCGCCUCGACCAGGCCCUCAUCCGCCACCGCUCCCUCCAGGGCCUCCACAUGCUCUGCCUCUCCAAGCCUCGCUCCAAGCUGCCCCUCGCCUUCGGCUCCAAGACCCUCACCUGGGUCGCCGAUGCGCUACGGCGAUCCGCCAGCCCGCCCGCCUUCAUCCUCAUCGACUGCCCCGCAGGUCAGGCAUCCCCUCCCCCUGCUUAUCCAUAUUGCAAUUGGUUCAUCUCAAACUGA